AUGCCCUUCGGGCUAAAGAAUGCUGGAGCUACUUACCAGAGAAUGGUCAAUAAGGUCUUCCAAUCUCAAAUAGGCCGAAACUUGGAAGUAUACGUGGACGAUAUGAUCACAAAAAGCAAGCAAGCGUCCCAACAUGCCGCGGACUUACGCAAAACAUUCAACACCCUCCGGAAACAUCAAAUGAGACUCAACCCUGAAAAGUGCGUGUUUGGAGUCACCGGUGGGAAAUGCCUUGGUUUCCUUGUUGACGAAAGAGGAAUAGAAGCCAACCCUGAUAAGAUACAGGCAAUCCGGGACAUGAAGUCCGCAGGAUCCGUAAAAGAAGUUCAAAAGCUAACAGGAUGCAUAGCUGCUUUAGGAAGAUUUUUAUCCAAGUCCGCGGAUAGAUGUUCGCCCUUCUUCAAAACCCUCAAGCAAAGCAAGUUCGAGUGGACAAAAGAAGCCAAGGAAUCCUUCCAGCAGUUGAAAGAGCACUUGUCUUGUUUACCGAAGCUAGUCUCGCCAUACAACGGGGAAAAACUGGUCUUAUAUGUCUCGGUCUCCGAAUACUCUCUGUCAGGAGUACUGAUCGCCGAAAGAGAAAAGAAGCAAUUCCCCGUGUACUAUGUGAGUCACGCCUUCCGAGGAUCUGAAGGAAACUAUAGCGAAGUAGAAAAAGUCUUAUUUGCAAUCGUGAUGGCAAGCAGAAAGCUGAAACCUUACUUCCAAUCCCACCAGAUCAUCGUCAGAUCCAGCCAACCCGUGAAAAAGAUUCUGGAAGGAAAGAAUAAAUCAAGCCGCGUCACUGAUUGGGCUAAUCAACUUGCGGAUUUCGGCAUCGAAUAUGAACCACGAACGGCGAUCAAAGCACAAGCUUUGGAGGACUUCAUCGUCGAAAGCACUAUCCCCCAACAUCCUGAGCCUAAUCAAGAAUGGAAGUUAUAUGUGGAUGGAUCCUCGACACAAUCAGCAAGCGGAGCUGGGUUGCUGAUCGUGUCUUCUGCAGGGGUCCGUAUGGAAAGAGCGGUCAGAUUCGAGUUUGCGGCCUCUAACAAUGAAGCGGAAUACGAAGCAUUACUCAUGGGGCUCAAAAUCUGUCAUGAAGCAGGUGCGAAAGUAUUAUCCACUUUUUCUGACUCCCAGUUAAUAGUCGGACAAGUAAAUGGAGAAUUCGAGGCCAAAGAUGAAGGCAUGAAGAUGUACCUGCAACAAGUAAGAGAAUUUGUCAAGAAAUUCGACAAAUUCACAUUAGUCCACAUCCCACGAUCUCAAAACGCUCAAGCCGAUUCCUUAGCAAAACUCGCCAGCUCAGCUGAAACAGUCGCGGCUCGCGAUAUUAUCUGGGGAGUUCUUCCGAACCCCAGUAUCAACCUCAUGGUUAACACAAUUGAUAGAUCAGAUAUGUGGAUGGAACCGUACAUCAAAUUUUUGCAAAAUCAGACGCUCCCCCAUGACGAGAAUCAAGCCAAAAUGCUUCAAAAAAAGGCCAGAUGGUUCGAGCUCCACGAAGGCACGCUCUAUAAAAAAUCAUAUACCCAUCCCCUCUUGAAGUGUGUUUCUCCUGAAGAAGGAAACUACAUCCUUCGCGAAAUACAUGAAGGCGGAUGCGGUAUACAUCAAGGAGUACGAACUGUCAUUGGCAAAAUCCUCAGAAGCGGAUAUUACUGGCCCUCUCUUAGGGAAGACGCGGAAACAUUAGUCAAGCGAUGCCCCGAAUGCCAAUACCACUCAAAGAUUGAAAGAAAACCAUCUAACUACCUGUCCAUCAUGCAAGCCGUCUUACCGUUCGAUAAAUGGGGUAUGAAUCUCCUUGGCCCCUUCCCUCCCGCAAAGGGACAACGCAAAUUCAUUAUAGUGGCCAUUGAUUAUUUCACCAAGUACGUGGAAGCAGAGCCCCUCAGCUCCGUCACGGAUAACCAAGUCUACCAAUUCAUAUGGCGAAAUAUCAUCACAAGAUACGACAUUCCCCGUGUGAUCAUCACUAACAAUGGGAGACAAUUUGUCAGUAAGAACACAACACAAUAUUGUGACAGAUUUGGCAUUCAAAUUCGUUUCAGCUCCGUAUCUCGGCCACAAACAAAUGGGCAAGUUGAAUCAGCAAACAAGGAGAUCCUAAACGGUAUCAAAAAGAAGAUAGAAGGGCUUAAAGGUACUUGGGACGAAGAACUACCCGGCAUCUUGUGGGCAAGCCGAACAACCGUCAAAGAAGCAACGGGGCAUACCCUAUUCUCUCUAGUAUAUGGAUCUGAAGCAGUGCUUCCAGUAGAGAUAGGCAUACCCUCCACAAGGUUCACCUACUACUCACACGACGAGAAUGAACAGAGGAAAAGGGAGAACUUGGAUCUGCUUCCAGAAACACGGGGGAACGCAUUAUUAAGGUCCAUGGCCCAGAAGCAAAAAAUGACUCGCAACUUCAACCGGCUCGUCAAAACAAAACAUAUUCAUGUGGGGGACUAUGUCCUACGCAAAGUCGAAGCCACAGGGAAAAUCGUAGAGAAAGGGAAGCUUGGAGCCAACUGGGAUGGUCCGUUCAAAAUCGUCCGUAUCAUCAAACCUGGAACAUUUGAACUAGAAGACAUGAAUGGAAAGAAGCUAUCCCGCCCAUGGAAUGGAGAUCAUUUGAAAAAGUACUUCAUUUAA